AUGUCGGCGCUGGCGGGGACAGGGACCUACUCCCCGGCGGCGGCCGCAGGGGGCAAGCGGCGGGAGAGGAAGGAGGAGCUGCGGCGCCACCUCGUCGAGGACGCCGACUGGCCCCGGGCCGACGGCCGCUCCUUCCACGACUGCCGACCAGCGUUUAUGCAGACAGGACCAACUACUGCUGCAUCAGGUUCUGCUUAUGCGGAAUUUGGGAAGACAAAGGUCAUUGUAUCGGUGUUUGGACCAAGGGAAAGUAAGAAAGCAAUGAUGUACAGUGAUGUUGGAGCAGACAACAAAGAGUACUCAUCGAUGCUUCAUAAAGCUUUUGAAGGCGCAGUAAUGCUACACACUUUUCCAAAGACCACUGUUGAUGUUUUUGCCUUGGUUCUUGAGUCUGGUGGCAGUGAUCUUCCCAUCAUUAUAUCAUGCGCAAGUCUUGCACUGGCAGAUGCUGGAAUCAUGAUGUAUGACCUUGUUACAUCUGUAUCCGUGUCCUGUUUUGGAAAGAACAUCAUCAUCGAUCCAACCUCGGACGAGGAAGCAUGGCAAGAUGGAAGCCUUGUGGUGGCUUUCAUGCCAGCCCGCAAGGAGAUCACACAACUCACGCUCAACGGAGAGUGGAGUGAUGGCAGAAUAACCAAUGCAGUAGAGCUCUGUAUGGAUGCUUGCAGUAAGCUCGGUGACAUAAUGCGUGACCGCUUGAAAGAUACUGCCACCUUGACGAGUGAAUGA